UAAAUGGGUCUCCAAUUUCAGUCUUACGGCACGUACCGAUAUGACUGAAAAAGCCAAGAGAAGCAAAAGGGGCCUCAUGUAAGUAGGCCUAUAGUAUAUCGGUGUGGUUAUUUCAGCCGAACGGGCACGUUCCGUAGGCGGUCCCAAAGUCCGGGACGCCCAUUGUAAAGUUCUUAGUUACCAACCACGUGGCAGGGCGUACCCAAUGAUGGGUCCCCUCGUACCAAGGACCCAACAAUCAGCCCCACGUUGAUGCCAGGUCGUGGAACACCCUGAGCAUACGAGGAAGAGACCCCAAGUGGCUGAGCGCACUGACACGUUAUUGCUGCGAAACCCUCGGAACGAAAGCCACGCCGGCACUACAACUUCCUUUAGCUUUACUUCUACUUCCCUACCUCUUCUUCCAUCCACUUCUUCUUUUUCUUCCUCCUUUUCCCCGGUUCACUCUCCAUCCCUCUUCACGAGCACUUCCGCCUCUUAUUGCUCCACUUGGCCGAUAGGCCGAUACGCAGCCCAGUAGGACACAGUGCAUUUAUCCUCGGUGGUGUUUUAAGACCGGCAUUUUCUUCUUCUGCAUUUUUUUUAAUUGCAGUCGAUUCCUCUUAACGUACCGUGUGAACAGACCCUUACUCGCGCGUGGCUUGUGUGACUUUCUUCGACAGUGAGUGACGGUAUCUGGAUAAAUUGUGAACAAUAUGGACGUGACCAGCGGUAUGAGGCCAAUUUUUGGUGGAUAUCCAUUCCAAGGUCAGGGAAGAAUGAAUCAGCUCGGUGGGGUCUUCAUCAACGGUAGACCAUUACCGAAUCACAUUAGACUGAAAAUUGUGGAAAUGGCAGCGGCCGGUGUCAGACCAUGUGCUAUAUCGAGACAGCUACGCGUGUCUCAUGGCUGCGUCUCGAAGAUCCUCAAUCGUUAUCAAGAGACAGGAUCUAUCAGGCCCGGUGUGAUUGGCGGGAGUAAGCCGAGAGUAGCCACACCGGAAGUCGAGGCACGGAUCGAGGAACUUAAAAGAGAUAAUCCUGGAAUCUUCAGCUGGGAAAUACGCGAUAAGCUUAUGAAGGAAGGAUUUUCGGAUCCACCCAGUAUCAGCUCCAUAAGCAGACUACUGCGAGGGGGACGACCUAGCGACGAUGGUAAAAAGGAUUAUACUAUCAACAGUAUACUAGGUGGUGGUCGCUGUGGCGAUGAUUCGGACACUGAAAGCGAACCAGGAAUUCCUCUAAAACGAAAACAACGUAGAAGUAGAACCACUUUCACUGGAGAACAAUUAGAGCAGUUAGAAGCUGCCUUUCAAAGGGCCCAAUAUCCUGACGUUUAUGCACGGGAAGAACUGGCCCAAAGAACAGGACUUACAGAAGCAAGGAUACAGGUCUGGUUCAGCAACAGAAGAGCCCGUUUACGAAAGCACGCUGGAAGUAUAGCUCAUUCCGUAGCAACACUUCCGUUGACGCCGUGUCAAUACGCAAGCAGUCAUGAGCUGUCGCAGUUACCGCAGGUACCACAAAUGCCAGGAGGAAUUCCUCAGGUGCCAACGAGUCUUCAUCAAGCGCCAACGACUCUCCACCAAGUCCCAACGAGUCUUCAUCAAGUCUCCACGAGUCUUCAUCAAGCUCAGAUGGCUACCAGUAUGGCACAAGUACCCACCAGCAUGAGCAGCGCUCUGGAAGGACAUCCGGUAGCAAUUUCAGGACACUUGGGACCCUUGACAGGACAUGCAAAUCCUAUGCAGCUUGGACAGGUGUCAGCACUUCCGCCUCCUGCAGCUCAUGCACCUUCGAGUGCACUCCCUCACAAUGCUGGCAAUACCGAUUGGUCCAGGACUCAACUUGGAUGGGGACAGUUCAAUCAUUUUCAAGGAGGUGAAUAUCCUUCUACUCAUCCAAGUCAUCAUGUUUCUCAUACUGCUCAGUCCACGAGCGGGGCUAAUGUCACGACUGGGCCUGAAUGGUACGAUCAAAGUUAUGACUAUAGUCAACAUGCACAGCUGAACUACCACCGCAACGUGGGUGGAAUAUUCUAGCCAAUAGGAUGUAGAGAGAUGCAAAUAUUUGAUUGUAAAUAAUAUAUUACUUUAUAUCGUUCAA